AAGAAGUCGAAGCUCCCUCGAGCUCCCUGGAAGCUCGACAACGUAAAAGGCCCUUAAAGACUCAACUCUCGAAGCUCGAUGACCCAGCAGGGAGCAAGGUCAGGUUCCGGAAGAAAAGACAAAUCUAAAAGCUCUCAACGCAAACUUGAAAAGAAGCUUAACUUUCAUGCUAAGGUUAAGGAUGCAUCUGUCAAUUUAGGUCCUAAGAAAGCUAUAAAUAAGAAGACGAAGUUACGAAGUCGGCAGAGGAAAUUGAAGGCAUAUAAUCUGUCAGCACUUUCUGAGUUUCUUCCAGAUAUAGAACAGCCGGCUGUUGGCACCACAAAUUUGAAACUCAACUGCAAGUCUCGGCAGAAACUAGUGCAAAGGGAAAGUGCACAAAUGAAAGCAGUUUUGAACAAUCCAGUAUUCCAAAUGGAUCCUAUCUUGGCUAUUCAGCAUCACCUUGAGAGAACGCAACCCGAACCUGUGGUGACUGAGAAAAAGCGUAAACCUAAUCGACCAGGGAGCGCCAAAAGGAAGAAUAAGGCUAAGAAGGGUCCAUCAUUUAUGGAUAUGUAAUACACGGUCACGGAUCAAUCUCAUUUCGAAAAGCAAGCCUUUAGAGCCAUGAGUAUGUUUUGUGUGUUUAGGCGUUCGUGAGUGUAAGAUAACUUAACGUGCACAAACGUACUGUUCCUGACUCAUGCUGGGUUCCUUUUCUUUUCUGUUUGUUCCCUUUUCAGUUCUUUAAUUUCUUUUUCCAAUUUUCCAUUCU